AUGCCUGGCUUCCUUCCAGAAUUUGUGACUGAUUUCCGUAACCUUUGUUUCCUUUCCCUCUUGGUUUAUUGCCUCUCUGUUCAUUGCUAUAGUAAACUUUCUCUUCCAUUAUUGUUUUUCAAAUCCUAUUCAUACAUUUGUCUCCCUACAGCAGCCUAUUCAAAUCUCUCUUAUUUUCUCACUUUAUUCUUUCCAAUAUUUUGCUUGCUCUGUUCAUUCCAAUCACUUGCUUUAUUCAUCCUUGUUUCUCUAUCUUUGUUGAUUCCAGUCUCUCUCACUCUGUUGAUACCAAUCUCUCUCUCUCUCUCCAUUCUUGUCUCCCUCUCUCUCUCUGUUCAUUCUUGUCUCCCUCUCUCUCUCUGUUCAUUCUUGUCUCCCUCUCUCUCUCUGUUCAUUCUUGUCUCCCUCUCUCUCUCUGUUCAUUCUUGUCUCCUCUCUCUCUCUGUUCAUUCUUGUCUCCUCUCUCUCUCUGUUCAUUCUUGUCUCCCUCUCUCUCUCUGUUCAUUCUUGUCUCCCUCUCUCUCUCUGUUUAUUCUUGUCUCCCUCUCUCUCUCUGUUUAUUCUUGUCUCCCUCUCUCUCUCUGUUUAUUCUUUCUCCCUCUCUCUCUCUCUCAUUCUGUCUCCUCUCUCUCUCUGUUCAUUCUUGUCUCCCUCUCUCUCUCUGUUCAUUUUGUCUUCUCUCUCUGUUCAUUCUUGUCUCCCUCUCUCUCUCUGUUCAUUCUUGUCUCCCUCUCUCUCUCUGUUCAUUCUUGUUCUCUCUCUCUCUGUUUAUUCUUGUCUCUCUCUCUCUCUGUUCAUUCUUGUCUCCCUCUCUCUCUCUCUGUUCAUUCUUGUCUCCCUCUCUCUCUCUGUUCAUUCUUGUCUCCCUCUCUCUCUCUGUUUAUUCUUGUCUCCCUCUCUCUCUCUGUUCAUUCUUGUCUCCCUCUCUCUCUCUGUUCAUUCUUGUCUCCCUCUCUCUCUCUCUGUUCAUUCUUGUCUCCCUCUCUCUCUCUCUGUUCAUUCUUGUCUCCCUCUCUCUCUCUGUUCAUUCUUGUCUCCCUCUCUCUCUCUGUUCAUUCUUGUCUCCCUCUCUCUCUCUCUCUGUUCAUUCUUGUCUCCCUCUCUCUCUCUCUGUUCAUUCUUGUCUCCCUCUCUCUCUCUAUGUUCAUUCUUGUCUCCCUCUCUCUCUCUCUCUAUGUUCAUUCUUGUCUCCCUCUCUAUGUUCAUUCUUGUCUCCCUCUCUCUCUCUCUCUAUGUUCAUUCUUGUCUCCCUCUUUCUCUCUCUAUGUUCAUCUCCCUCUCUCUCUCUCUAUGUCUCCUCUCUCUCUCUCUAUGUUCAUUCUUGUCUCCCCCUCUCUCUCUCUAUGUUCAUUCUUGUCUCCCCUCUCUCUCUCUAUGUUCAUUCUUGUCCCCCUCUCUCUCUCUAUGUUCAUUCUUGUCUCCCUCUCUCUCUCUAUGUUCAUUCUUGUCUCUCCUCUCUCUCUAUGUUCAUUCUUGUCUCUCUCUCUCUAUGUUCAUUCUUGUCUCCCUCUCUCUCUCUAUGUUCAUUCUUGUCUCCCCUCUCUCUCUGUUCAUUCUUGUCUCCCUCUCUCUCUCUCUGUUCUCUUGUCUCUCUCUCUCUCUGUUCAUUCUUGUCUCCCUCUCUCUCUCUGUUCAUUCUUGUCUCCCCUCUCUCUCUCUGUUCAUUCUUGUCCCUCCCUCUCUCUCUCUGUUCAUUCUUGUCUGUCUCUCUCUCUCUCUCUGUUCAUUCUUGUCUCCCUCUCUCUCUCUCUCUUCAUUCUUGUCUCCCCUCUCUCUCUCUGUUCAUUCUUGUCUCCCUCUCUCUCUAUGUUCAUUCUUGUCUCCUCUCUCUCUCUGUUCAUUUCUUGUCUCCUCUAUGUUCAUUCUCUCUCUCUGUUCAUUCUUGUCUCCCUCUCUCUCUCUAUGUUCAUUCUUGUCUCCCUCUCUCUCUGUUCAUUCUUGUCUCCCCUCUCUCUCUAUGUUCAUUCUUGUCUCCUCUCUCUCUAUGUUCAUUCUUGUCUCCCCUCUCUCUCUAUGUUCAUUCUUGUCUCCCUCUCUCUCUCUGUUCAUUCUUGUCUCCCUCUCUCUCUAUGUUCAUUCUGUCAUUCCUCUCUCUGUUCAUUCUUGUCUCCCCUCUCUCUCUAUAUGUUCAUUCUUGUCUCCCUCUCUCUCUAUGUUCAUUCUUGUCUCCUCUCUCUCUCUAUGUUCAUUCUUGUCUCCUCUCUCUCUCUCUAUGUUCAUUCUCUGUGUUCAUUCUCUCUCUCUCUCUGUGUUCAUUCUUGUCUCCCCUCUCUCUCUGUGUUCAUUCUUGUCUCCCUCUCUCUCUAUGUUCAUUCUUGUCUCCCUCCUCUCUCUCUAUGUUCUUGUCUCCCUCUCUCUCUUCUAUGUUCAUUCUUGUCUCCCCUCUCUCUCUCUAUGUUCAUUCUUGUCUCCCCUCUCUCUCUAUGUUUCAUUCUUGUCUCCCUCUCUCUCUCUGUUCAUUCUUGUCUCCCCUCUCUCUCUCUCUGUUCAUUCUUGUCUCCCUCUCUCUCUCUGUUCAUUCUUGUCUCCCUCUCUCUCUCUGUUCAUUCUUGUCUCCCUCUCUCUCUCUGUUCAUUCUUGUCUCCCUCUCUCUCUCUGUUCAUUCUCUCCCCUCUCUCUCUCUGUUCAUUCUCUCUCUCUCUCUCUCUGUUCAUUCUUGUCUCUCCUCUCUCUCUCUCUGUUCAUUCUUGUCUCUCUCUCUCUCUCUGUUCAUUCUUGUUCCCUCUCUCUCUCUCUGUUCAUUCUUGUCUCCUCUCUCUCUCUGUUCAUUCUUGUCUCCCCUCUCUCUCUGUUCAUUCUUGUCUCCCUCUCUCUCUCUGUUCAUUCUUGUCUCCUCUCUCUCUCUGUUCAUUUUGUCUCCCCUCUCUCUCUGUUCAUUCUUGUCUCCCCUCUCUCUCUCUGUUCAUUCUUGUCUCCCUCUCUCUCUAUGUUCAUUCUUGUCUCCCUCUCUCUCAUUAUUUCCCUCUCUCUGUGUUCAUUCCUCUCUCUCUCUCUGUGUUCAUUCUUGUCUCCCUCUCUCUCUCUGUGUUCAUUCUUGUCUCCCUCUCUCUCUCUAUGUUCAUUCUUGUCUCCCUCUCUCUCUCUAUGUUCAUUCUUGUCUCCCUCUCUCUCUCUCUAUGUUCAUUCUUGUCUCCCUCUCUCUCUCUCUAUGUUCAUUCUUGUCUCCUCUCUCUCUAUGUUCAUUCUUGUCUUCAUUCUAUGUUCAUUCUUGUCUCCCUCUCUCUCUAUGUUCAUUCUUGUCUCCCUCUCUCUCUCUCUUCAUUCAUUCUCUCUCUCCUGUUCAUUCUUCUCUCCUCUCUCUCUCUGUUCAUUCUUGUCUCCCUCUCUCUCUCUGUUCAUUCUUGUCUCCCUCUCUCUCUCUGUUCAUUCUUGUCUCCCUCUCUCUCUCUGUUCAUUCUUGUCUCCCUCUCUCUCUCUGUUCAUUCUGUCUCUCCUCUCUCUCUCUCUGUUCAUUCUUGUUUCCCUCUCUCUCUCUCUCUGUUCAUUCUUGUCUCCCUCUCUCUCUCUGUUCAUUCUUGUCUCCCUCUCUCUCUCUAUGUUCAUUCUUGUCUCCCUCUCUCUCUCUAUGUUCAUUCUUGUCUCCCUCUCUCUCUAUGUUCAUUCUUGUCUCCCUCUCUCUCUAUGUUCAUUCUUGUCUCCCCUCUCUCUCUCUAUGUUCAUUCUUGUCUCCCUCUCUCUCUCUCUAUGUUCAUUCUUGUCUCCCUCUCUCUCUAUGUUCAUUCUUGUCUCCCUCUCUCUCUAUGUUCAUUCUUGUCUCCCUCUCUCUCUAUGUUCAUUCUUGUCUCCCUCUCUCUCUGUGUUCAUUCUUGUUUCCCUCUCUCUCUGUGUUCAUUCUCUCUCUCUGUUUCAUUCUUGUCUCCCUCUCUCUCUGUGUUCAUUCUGUCUCCUCUCUCUCUCUGUGUUCAUUCUUGUCUCCUCUCUCUCUCUAUGUUCAUUCUUGUCUCUCUCUCUCUCUAUGUUCAUUCUUGUCUCCCUCUCUCUCUCUCUAUGUUCAUUCUUGUCUCCCUCUCUCUCUCUCUAUGUUCAUUCUUGUCUCCCUCUCUCUCUCUAUGUUCAUUCUUGUCUCCCUCUCUCUCUCUGUUCAUUCUUGUCUCCCUCUCUCUCUGUUCUGUUCAUUGUCUCUCUCUCUCUCUGUUUAUUCUCUCCCUCUCUCUAUCUGUUCAUUUCUUGUCUCUCUCUGUUCAUUCUUGUCUCUUGUCUCUCUCUCUCUGUUCAUUCUUCUUUCUGUGUUCCCCUCUCUCUCUCUCUCUAUGUUCAUUCUUGUCUCCCUCUCUCUCUCUCUAUGUUCAUUCUUGUCUCCCUCUCUCUCUCUCUCUGUUCAUUCUUGUCUCCCUCUCUCUCUGUUCAUUCUUGUCUCACUAUUUUUCUCUUCAUUCUUAUAUCUCUCUCCAUUCAUUCCUGUCUUCCUCCUUCUCACUCUAA